UAUUCUUGUUAUUUUAUUGUCUUUGCAGAUCAUGCCUUUGGAUGGGGAGUUUUGAAUUGUUUCUGCUGAGAAAGCACAACUAUUACACUCAGAGAAGGAGGCGUGGUUUUGAACCCGAGGUGGUGCCACACUCAACCCAGCUGAUUCCAGAUGGACGUGGAUGCGGUUGAGAAGCGCCAUCGAACGCGUUCCAAAGGGGUCCGAGUUCCAGUGGAGACGGCAGCACAGGAGUUAUUCAGGUUGCUGUCCUACUCCAGGCUGUGAUGGAAGCGGACACGUCAGCGGCAAAUACGCCAGACACCGAAGUGUCUAUGGUUGCCCCCUGGCCAAAAAGAGGAAGACCCAGGAGAAACAGCCUCUGGAGCCUGCCCCCAAGAGGAGGCCCUUCUUAACCCCUCCCGACCCAGAGGAGGACACUGUUGCCAUCUUCCCCUGCUAUGAACCUGAACCCAUGAAUGAGAGGGAGGAGAAGGAGCAGGGGGAGUUAGAGGGGGAGAUCCAGGAGGAAGGGGAAGAGGAGGAAGGUGAGGGAGAGGAAGAGGGAGAAGAGAUGGAGGAGGAGGAAGGAUUUUCGGAGGAUAACGAGGAGCAAGGCGAUGAGGAAGGGGAAGAGGAGGAAGAGGAGGAAGAGGUGGAGAAGGAGAGAGAGGUAGUAGGGCCAGUAGAGGUAGAACAGGUGGAGGAUGGGAUAGAGGAAGAUGAGGAAGCAGAGGAUGGGGAUGAUGAAGAGCAAGAAGAAGAGGAGGAGCAAGAGGAGGAGGAUGAUGAGGGCGACGAAGAUGAGCAUGAGGAAGAAGAGGAGGAAGAAGUGCACCAUGAGCCAGUAAGGGCUGAAAGGUCUAUCCUUCCUUUCAUGACCACAGGGAACUGCUACAAAAAUAGUGGACAAUCAAGGCAUCACUCGAUGAGACAGAAGGACAACAACAACAACAACAACGGCGGCCCCGGUCCAAACAUCGGCCCUAACGGGGAAGAGUAUGAAAACUACGAUGAGCUGGUGGCCAAGUCCCUUCUCAACCUGGGGAAGAUCGCAGAGGACGCUGCCUACCAGGCCAUGACCGAGUCAGAGAUGAACAGCAACUCCUCCAACAGCGCCGGCGAGGACGAUGAUGAUGAUGAGGAAGAGGGUAGCGAGCGCGGCGAGAGCAGGAAGGGCAAGCUGAGCGUGGACCUGGACAGUGACGUGGUCAGGGAGACAGUGGAUUCGCUCAAGCUGUUGGCGCAGGGCCACGGUGCCAUGCUGCCUGAAGACGGCUGCCUAGAAGGGGUGGAUGACGGCGAGCAUCCCAACGGGCGGCCCCACCAUCAUGGGGUCAGGGGUCAGGCUGAGGAGAGCGAAGAGGAGGUGUGUCUCAACAGCCUGGAGUGUCUGAGGAACCAGUGCUUUGACCUGGCCCGCAAGCUAAACGAGACGUCUCCAUCUGACCGCCCUGGACACCCAGGCCUGCACCACUAUCAGGCGCAUCAGAACCACCACCCUCACCAGCCCCACCACCACCUGCUGCACCAAACCGACCACCAGCACCAUCAGGCUCAGCACCAGCCCCAGGACCACCACCACUUGCCCAGGUACGAGCAGCAGGGCCAGCAGCCAGACGAGCGUGGGUUGCUGGAGCGCAACUACUCAGACAUGGUCAACCUGAUGAAGCUGGAGGAGCAGCUGAGCCCAGCCUCAAGGACGGGCUACUCGGCCAGCUGCCACCAGGACGGGGAUGAGGACACCACAUCGGUGGCCUCGGAUCGCUCGGAAGAGGCCUUCGACAUGACCAAAGGCAACCUGUCCCUGCUGGAGAAGGCCAUUGCUAUGGAGUCGGAGCGAGCCAAGGUCAUGAGGGACCGCAUGGCCUUGGAGGGACAUCAUGCGGCGGUCCGGAGGGACAAUCAUCAUCACCACCAUCGCGGCGAGCAUAGCCCCCGACAGAGCAGCGGGGCUGAGGAGCGCAAGUCCAGAAUGCACCACGACGGGACAAAGAGAGCAUACUACCCUAAAGAUUCCUCAAGGGGAGACAAGAAGGAGAGUAAGUGUCCAACCCCGGGCUGCGAUGGGACAGGCCACGUCACGGGUCUCUACCCCCACCACAGGAGCCUGUCAGGCUGCCCCCACAAGGACAGGGUGCCACCAGAAAUUCUUGCAAUGUAUGAAAAUGUUCUAAAGUGCCCUACUCCUGGCUGCUCGGGGCGUGGCCAUGUCAAUAGCAACAGGAACUCCCACCGCAGUCUCUCGGGGUGCCCCAUCGCCGCUGCAGAGAAGAUGGUUAAAGUCCAGGAGAAGCACAUCCCAUGUGACGGGGGCCCCAAGUCCAGCCAGGCUUCAGAUCGUGUGCUGAGGCCAAUGUGCUUUGUGAAACAGCUGGAGAUCCCACAGUACGGUUACAAAAAUAACGUGUCCACCAGCACGCCGCGCUCCAACCUGGCCAAGGAGCUGGAGAAGUACUCCAAGACCAGCUUCGACUACGGCCAAGGCUACGACAGCCAGCACCACGUCUACAGCAGGGGGAAGACAGGCCUGGCCCCCAAGGCCCACGGACGGGACACGGACACCUCACCCAAGGGAUAUGAUGCCAAGCACUACUGUAAGAGCCCAGCCAGCAGCACGACGAGCAGCUACGCUCCCAGCAGCACGACGAGCAGAUACGCUCCCAGCAGCAGCAGUCUGAGCUGUGGAGGGGGAGGAGGAGGGGGCGGCAGCAGCGCCAGCAGCACCUGCAGUAAGAGCAGCUUCGACUACACACAGGACACAGAGGCUGCUCACAUGGCCGCCACGGCCAUCCUCAACCUGUCCACGCGCUGCAGGGAGAUGCCCCACGGCCUGGGAGGCAAGCCCCAGGACCUCCUCUCCCAGAGUCCUGAUGGUGACAUGGAUGACAGCAGUACUCUUGACCUGAGUGUGAGCCGGGGGCAGCCGGGGGGUCCGGAGGGGAGUGGCACGGUGCUGACCCCCCUGCAGCCCAUGUCCACCCAGCGCCAGGCCCUGCUCAACAGCAGCCGCUGCUACCAGAUGAGUGAGGCCGACUGCUGGGACCUGCCCGUGGACUACACCAAGAUCAAGCGCAUCACCGACGACGAUCACAAAGAGUCUUCUUUUCUUUCAUCCCUCCACCAGGAGGAGGACCUGGACCCGUUCCAGGACCUUCUAGAUGAGCAUCACUACGGAGGGGACGUGACCAUGCCCAGCCCAAAACACAAGUACGCCCCCUGCAAGGAGGGCAAGGAGGAGCUCAUCACUCUCUCCAGCUACCAGCUAGCUGACAAAAGCAUCUGCAGUAUGAUGAUGACCAAUGCGCAAGACCUCAAGUGUCCCACUCCAGGAUGUGACGGGUCUGGACACAUCACUGGGAACUACGCCUCGCACAGGAGACCUUUCCCCUCUAGUCUGUCAGGCUGUCCACGGGCCAAGAAGAGCGGGAUCAAGAUACUGCACAGCAAGGAGGACAAGGACGACCAGGAGCCAAUCAGGUGUCCCGUCCCAGGCUGUGACGGACAGGGUCAUGUGACGGGGAAGUACGCGUCCCACCGCAGCGCGUCAGGCUGCCCCCUGGCGGCCAAACGGCAGAAGGACGGCUACGUUAACGGCUCCCAGUUUGCCUGGAAGUCCGGGAAGACAGAUGGCAUGUCGUGCCCAACCCCGGGCUGCGAUGGAUCGGGACAUGUCAGUGGGAGCUUCCUGACACAUCGGAGUCUCUCCGGCUGUCCCCGUGCCACCUCUGCCAUGAAGAAAGCUAGAAUGACUGGAGUUGAAAUGUUGACAAUCAAGCAACGGGCAAGUAAAGGAAUAGAAAAAGAUGAGGAAAUCAAACAGCUGGAUGAAGAAAUCAAAGAUCUAAACGAAUCGAACAAUCAAGUGGAAUCAGACAUGAUUAAACUUAGGACACAAAUCACCACUAUGGAGACUAACCUGAAGUCCAUAGAGGACGAGAACAAAGUGAUUGAGCAGCAGAAUGACUCCCUACUGCACGAGCUAGCCAACCUCAGCCACUCUCUCAUCAACAGCUUAGCUAAUAUCCAGCUCCCACAUAUGAAACCGAUGCCACAGAAAGAGGCCCCAGUUAAACAUAGCUGCUGUUUACAGAUGCCCCACAGAGUAAGAGAUUCCAUUUCAUAGUCUAAUUAUUAUCCUUUAAUUCUGCACUAUCAUCACCCUCCUCCCUUUAGUGUUCCUCCUAUACUCGUGAACACUCUGUGUAUGCAUCACAAUUAUCCAUACAUGUUGCUGCGUUAUACUAUGAUUCAAGUGUCCCAUGACAUAAGGCAGUGGUCAUGUUGGAGUAACACAACAAGCCAUAUUUAAACUGUAUUAUAACCCAGUUACAGGACCAAGUUUGUUCAGCCCACUAUUGCAUAAUUCAAUGUCUCUUUGUCUUCUCUUGUUACAUUGUGUCUUCCUCUCUGAGAAAUGGCUUCCACAACUCCCACGUUACAUUAGCUCAUUUAUGUAUGUAAUGUCAUCAUUUCCACUGCAUAAGCUAAGCAUCAAACAUCCAUCCAUUCCAUGAGAUGAUCAAAAAAAUCUACACUGACUAGGGAUGGUUUGGAGUUGCAUUAGAUGAACUGUACCGUACAUAUGACUAUGGAAAUUGUCAGAUUUUAUUAAUUUGAUUAAGUAUUGUAUAUACACACUUAGUACAACCCAACCACACUGUGUUAGUAUAACCCCACUAUACUGUGUUAGUACAACCCCACUAUACUGUGUUAGUACAACCCCAUUAUACUG